AUGCCUGCUUCACCGUCUCCUUAUCUCACGCCCCCCCCUACUCUCCCUCCGACCGCCUGCUCUUCCCGCCGCUCAUCACUCGCCGAUAACCCUUUGCCCCAUCAACGACUCCUUCGACAACGACCUGAUUCCCAACAUGCGCUACCUAAUGUGCGAAUCCGAUUACCUGCUCUGUCGACGAUUCCUGAUCGCAGUGGAGGUGAGGAUGGCGAAGACGAAGAAGACGACGGUUCAGGCGGUCGUGCCGAUAAGCGAAGACGAACGAACAAAGGUGGUAAAGCAGUCGAAGUGAUACCUUCACCCAGAAGAGAUAAAGGGGAAGGUUCAUCUACUUCACCUUCGCAUCACGCAACCCAAUCGUCCUCACUCGCUACUCGGCAUGGGCGUGGCAACGGUUCGACAUUGGCACCCAUAAAACCGAUUGGUUUCGCAGCUUCAAGAGAAGCCAGAAGGGACGAUGGAAAUCAAGCCAUACCUUCACCUGUUGUGAUGGGAUUUGACUUCAAAGCCGUUGAUGAAGAUCAACUCAAGACUGUACGAGACACGAUUUCAAUCAAAGAACAACAACAAGCUCUGAUCGCCGCAAGGAGAAGAGAGGUUGCUCAAUCUCAACCCUCAACACCCAAAGAGCUGACUUUCAGAGGUUGGGCACCGAAAGAUAACAUUCCGCCCGAAAGUGUGAAUGCCAGUAAUACUCCAAGAGGAAGUAUCAGCGGUAGUACAAGUGGCGGCGCUGCACCUAACAGUGGGGGCGGUGUAGGUAGAAGAAGAGAAAAAACUAGGGAUAAAGUAGAAAAAAUGAGUAUCGUCACUUCUGCCACUGAGAGAGACGUAGUACCGGGCUCAAAGAGUGCACCACUAAAUCAAGGACUUGCAUCUCAACAAGAGUCGCCUCGAGAACCACCAUCAGGUAGUCAAACCGCCUUACCUCCGCACAUACUCCCCCCACUUCAUGGAUACAAUCAUCAUGCCAAUGGACUUACCGAUCCUCGAACAGCACCUAUAAGUCAUAGCCGAACGCGAAAUGGUGGUGAGGAUCAUGAAUUCGCUAGACAACAAGGACCAUAUUAUGGUGUACCUCAAAGUAGACCUUUAGCAAGACCAUAUGAAUCACAACAGAACCUAAGAGGUCCAACGGCUGCAUCGGAUCGCAGGAACUUUUCGGUACCUUCAAACAAUUUACAGCCACCUUCAUCUUCAUCAAGAUACGAAUCACGUCGACCAAGUGGUAGUGGUCCUGGUGGUCCAUCAGCUCAGGGACAUUCAGACUCACCUAUAUCACCUAGGGUACCAAGAGAAACUUUCCUAGCUCCAUUUCACCAAUUAUACGACCUAUACACUGCGACUGAUCAUCUUAGAUACAACCUACAAGAUCUUCUACAUCGAUACGAAGGUGCAUAUCAGUCGCAACUUUCCUCAAUGUCAGAGUUCAAGAACACUGCAAAUGCUAGUAACACCUUAUUGGGCAAUUUACAAGCUUCAGCUGACAGUCUGAAAGAUAUGGUCAGAUAUGAGGUCGAAAGGAGUAAUACCAAUAAAGAUAGGGAGAUUGAAGAACUGAGGGAAAGAUUGAAGAGGCUGGAGGAGAAGAUCGAGGAGAAGAAGGAAUAG